UUUUUUUAAGCGAGACUUUUCUUGUUUGCAAACACGAGUGACAAGCAAGUGUCAAUACGGGGUGGGACUAUUUUUUCGUUUUCCCUUUUAUUUGCUUGGCUUUUUUGGAGGGUAAGAGUGGUCCCUAUUUCGGACAAGGACAUUUUAAUUUAAAGCUCUCUCCAUUUAUUCACACGCAUACGCAUUGAGGAGAGACAGCCUUGGGGGGUGUUGGAAUCCUUCCGAGAACGAUGGAAAAGGGAGCCAGGCACCGAAACAACGCUGAAAAGAGCCACCCAGGUGGGGGCGAGUCGGAGGCCAGCCCGGAGACUGGUUCCGGAGGGGGCGGAGUAGCCCUGAAGAAAGAGAUCGGAUUGGUCAGUGCCUGUGGUAUCAUCGUAGGGAACAUCAUUGGCUCCGGAAUCUUUGUCUCGCCAAAGGGUGUGCUGGAGAACGCCGGCUCUGUGGGCCUGGCUCUCAUCGUCUGGAUCGUGACAGGUCUCAUUACAGCUGUGGGAGCCCUCUGCUAUGCUGAGCUCGGGGUCACCAUCCCCAAAUCUGGAGGUGACUACUCUUAUGUCAAGGACAUCUUUGGAGGACUGGCUGGGUUCCUGAGGCUGUGGAUUGCUGUGCUGGUGAUCUACCCCACCAACCAGGCCGUCAUCGCACUCACCUUCUCCAACUACGUGUUGCAGCCGCUCUUUCCCACCUGCUUCCCCCCAGAUUCUGGCCUUCGGGUGCUGGCUGCCAUCUGCUUAUUGCUUCUCACAUGGGUCAACUGUGCCAGUGUGCGGUGGGCCACCCGAGUUCAAGACAUCUUUACAGCUGGGAAGCUCCUGGCCUUGGCCCUGAUCAUCAUCAUGGGGGUUGUACAGAUAUGCAAAGGAGAGUACUUCUGGCUGGAGCCAAAGAACGCAUUUGAGAACUUCCAGGAACCCGACAUCGGCCUCAUUGCACUGGCUUUCCUUCAGGGGUCCUUUGCCUAUGGAGGCUGGAACUUCCUUAAUUACGUGACUGAGGAACUUGUUGAUCCCUACAAGAACCUUCCCAGAGCCAUCUUCAUCUCCAUCCCACUGGUCACGUUUGUGUAUGUUUUUGCCAAUGUUGCUUAUGUUACUGCAAUGUCCCCCCAGGAGCUGCUGGCAUCCAACGCCGUUGCUGUGACUUUUGGAGAGAAGCUCCUAGGAGUCAUGGCCUGGAUCAUGCCCAUUUCCGUGGCCCUGUCCACAUUUGGAGGAGUUAAUGGAUCUCUCUUCACCUCCUCCCGACUGUUCUUUGCUGGAGCCAGAGAGGGCCACCUUCCCAGUGUGUUGGCCAUGAUCCAUGUGAAGCGUUGCACCCCAAUUCCAGCCCUGCUCUUCACAUGCAUCUCCACCCUGCUGAUGUUGGUCACCAGCGACAUGUACACACUCAUCAACUACGUGGGCUUCAUCAACUACCUCUUUUAUGGGGUCACAGUUGCUGGACAGAUAGUCCUUCGCUGGAAGAAGCCUGACAUCCCCCGGCCCAUCAAGAUCAAUCUGCUGUUCCCCAUCAUCUACCUGCUGUUUUGGGCCUUCCUGCUGGUCUUCAGCCUGUGGUCGGAGCCAGUGGUGUGUGGCAUUGGCCUGGCCAUCAUGCUGACAGGAGUGCCCGUCUAUUUCCUGGGUGUUUACUGGCAACACAAGCCCAAGUGUUUCAAUGACUUCAUUGAGUUGCUGACCCUGGUGAGCCAGAAGAUGUGUGUGGUCGUGUACCCCGAGGUGGAGGGGGCCUCGGGGACAAAGAAGACGAGUGAGGACACAGAAGAGCAGCGGCAGCCCAUCUACCAACCCAGUCCCACCAAGGACAAGGACUUGGUGGGGCAGCCCCAGUCCUGAGGACUGCCAUCCCCUCCACUGGCUACUCCCUCCUUCUUCCCCCUUGCUGUCCUACUUCCCUGCCUGGGUCCCCCAAACACACACAUCCUCCUCUGCUUCUGUCAGGUGGGGGUAGGACCUAGGUGUGGAUGGUGAGAAGUUAUCAACAAAAUCAUCGACAUUUGUACCCAAAGAAUCAAUCUCUCAUCCCCAGGGCCUGUGUCUCAGCCCUCACCCCAGUGUUACCCACGCUCCAAGCAGCUGGAAGAGGAGGGAGAUGCCAUGGGUGCCUCACAGGGCCCUCCCUCUCAGGCCACACCCUCCAUUGCCUCUUCAGGAGCCCGAGUUCACUACUGCCUUUCCUCCCCAUUCCUGAGCCAAGGAAUGCCUCCCUUCAGAGAGGAGACGCAGCCACCGUGGGUUGGUUGGGGAGGCACGGGCUCAAGCAGUUCUGUCACCAUGGAAGGUCAGCUGGAGAAACCCAAGGCCCUCUCUGUUCACCAGGGACGCAAAAUCAGAGGGGAUGCUUCCCUCUGCCCUCUUCCCCA